AUGUCGCUUCCUCUACCGCGGUCCCUGCCCCGGACCCUCCUGAAGAGAUCCUACGGCACCGUCCAGAACUCCCCUAGUGCCGCCUCCCUCAACAGCAGAAUCCCAAUUGCUCUGCAAGAGGCCACUGGCGCCACCGCUCCGCGCACCAAUUGGACCCGGGAAGAUGUCCAGCAAAUAUACCAGACGCCGUUGAACCAACUGACCUAUGCGGCCGCUGCCGUUCACCGACGCUUUCAUGAUCCCUCCGCCAUCCAGAUGUGCACUCUGAUGAACAUCAAGACCGGCGGUUGCACUGAGGACUGCUCCUACUGCGCCCAGUCGUCGCGCUACGACACCGGCUUGAAAGCGACGAAGAUGAGCCCCGUCGACGAAGUGCUCAAGGCUGCCCGGAACGCCAAGGCGAACGGGAGUACCCGCUUCUGCAUGGGUGCCGCCUGGCGCGACAUGCGUGGCCGCAAGACCAGUCUCAAGAACGUCAAGCAGAUGGUCUCCGGCGUGCGCGAGAUGGGCAUGGAGGUCUGCGUGACGCUGGGCAUGAUCGAUGACAAACAGGCCAAGGAGCUGAAGGAUGCCGGAUUGACGGCCUACAACCACAACCUGGACACUUCUCGCGAGUUCUACCCGUCCAUCAUCACCAGUCGAUCGUACGAUGAGCGACUGAAGACCCUGUCCCACGUCCGAGACGCCGGUAUCAACGUCUGCUCCGGUGGUAUUCUGGGACUGGGCGAGGCGGACUCCGACCGCAUCGGGUUGAUCCACACCGUUUCUUCUCUGCCUUCGCAUCCCGAGUCUUUCCCUGUCAACGCUCUCGUCCCCAUUCCCGGUACCCCGCUCGGAAAUCGCAAGAUGAUCUCCUUCGAUAAACUGCUGCGAACCGUCGCCACGGCCCGUAUUGUUCUUCCCGCCACCAUCGUGCGUUUGGCUGCCGGUCGCAUCGCUCUCACCGAGGAGCAGCAAGUGGCCUGCUUCAACGCCGGAGCCAAUGCCGUCUUCACGGGUGAGAAGAUGUUGACGACCGAUUGCAACGGCUGGGACGAGGAUCGGGUCAUGUUCGAAAAAUGGGGAUACUACCCCAUGCGCAGCUUCGAGAAGGGCGACGAGGUCUCGCACCCGACGAGCACCGAGUCCCCCACUCCGGAAAGCGUCUCUUCUGCGCCGGCCGCAGCAUCUUCGUAA